AUGGAAAUCGACAAUCUAAGGGUACUAUUUACCUUAUACAUGGCUUCCCGGACAUUCUCACUCGGCUGGCUGUACCAGGUACUGAUCCCUGACUCUCUUGGCUAUGGCAAUACAUCUUCGCCUAAAGCCCUUGACGAGUUCUCACUCAACAGCCUGUCUGAUGAUGUCGCUGCUAUUUGUGCGGCUAUCAUACCUGGGGAGCAGAUCGUCUUGGGCGGCCACGAUUGGGGACGCGCCCUUGCCUGGCGCGUCGCCAUGUGGCACCCGACACUCAUCAAAGCCGUCUUCAGCGGUAUAUUUGGUGGCCGCGGCGAGGAAAAUGAAGCUAUUUACACGAUGGAACGUGGCGUGCUUUUCGAAAACCUUGACAGAAUCGGGCCAUCGCCGCUCCUCGAUGAGGCAAAGACAGACUAUUACACUAUCGCAUUCACUCAAAGUGGCCUGCGCGGGCCAUUGAACUGGUACCGUACGCAUCAGAUCAACUUCGAGCACGAGAAAGGUUUCACCGAGAAAGGCAGGCAUAAGUUUGCUAUGCCGGCACUGUUCAUUCUUGCGUGA